UGCAUCUCUCUGUUUCUCUCUGUGUCUGUGUGUCUCUCUUUCUGUCUCCCUCUGUCUCUGUCUCUGUCCCCUCCCUCCUCUUCCUCCUCCUCCUUUCACUCACCUCUCGCCCUACAUCUCAUUUGGGAAAAAGUCACCCUGUGCGCUCCUUGCUUUUAUUUCUCUUUCAGGCCCCUCCAGAUGCCAGCAGACAGCAUGCAGGACCCCGAUCCUGUGCUUUCCUACGGGAUGAAACUCACAUGGGACAUCAAUGACCCGCAGAUGCCUCAGGAACCAGCUCACUUCGACCACUUCCGGGAGUGGCCUGAUGGCUACGUGCGCUUCAUCUACAGCAGUCAGGAGAAGAAAGCUCAGCGCCACCUGAGCGGCUGGGCCAUGCGCAACACCAACAACCACAAUGGCCACAUCCUCAAAAAGUCCUGCCUGGGCGUGGUGGUGUGCGCACGCGCCUGCGCCCUGAAGGAUGGCUCGCACCUGCAGCUGAGGCCAGCCAUCUGCGACAAGGCUCGUCUGAAGCAACAAAAGAAAGCUUGCCCCAACUGUCAUUCAGCUUUGGAGCUGGUCCCUUGCCGAGGACACAGUGGAUACCCUGUCACCAACUUCUGGAGACUUGAUGGCAAUGCAAUAUUUUUUCAGGCCAAAGGAGUUCAUGAUCAUCCCAGACCAGAGAGCAAGUCAGAGACAGAAGGCAGAAGAAGUGCCCUCAAGAGACAGAUGGCCUCUUUCUACCAACCCCAGAAAAGGAGAUCAGAGGAGCCUGAGGCAGGAAGCACUCAGGACACCAGGGGACACUCCAAUAGCACGCCUGUCCCAGAACCCUCAGAACUGUUUGCUAUGCCUGCUGACACCAGCUUCCCUAUUUCAGGGCAUUCUUCCCUUUCCUUCCCAAACUCUGAUGUCCACAGAGUUACCUGUGACCUGCCCACCUUUCCAGGAGAUGUAAUACUUCCCUUUCAGAAAUAUUCAAAUCCAAGCAUUUAUUUCCCUGGGCCACCUUGGAGCUAUGAAUUGGCAAGUCCUGGAGUUACGGGUUCAAGUCCAUAUCCUACCCUGUAUAAAGACCCCUCCAUUGUCCCCGAUGACCCUGACUGGAUCCAUCUAAACUCACUACAAUAUAAUGUGAGUUCAUACGGCAGCUAUGAGAGAAGCUUGGAUCUCACAGCUAGAUAUCAUGGCUGGAAACCUACACAUGGGAAAGCUGGCCUUGAGGAGAAGGUUGACUGUAGGCCAUGCCAGGCUGUGCCCACAUCGCCUUAUUACAACCUAGAGCUGCCCUGCAGGUACCUGCCAGUGGCCCCGGCAGGUACCCAGGCCCUGCAGACAGUGAUCACCACCACAGUGGCUUAUCAGGCUUACCAGCACCCUGCUCUGAAACACGGCGACAGCGUGCAGGAGGUUAGCAGCCUUGCCAGUUGCACCUACGCUUCUGAAAACCUCCCAAUGCCCAUCUAUCCGCAAGCCUUAGACCCUCAAGAGGGAGCCAUCCAGGCAGCCUCCCCUUCAGGGAGAGCCCCUGGGAUAGUCCCUGGAGAUUGCCAGGCAGCCAGACCUACUCUGGCUUUCCCUCAAGAAACAGAUCCCUCCAGGACAGCUGGAGCAGAUGUGUGGGAUGUGUGUCUGUCUGGGGUGGGCUCUGUGAUGGCUUACUUGGAUAGGACAGGGCAACCCUUUAACCUCGACAAUGAGGACUUUUAGGAGGGUCCCAGGAUACACACACCAUGACAAUGAAGUACAUGCUAGAUAACCCAUGCCCAGGGGCAACGACUUGCUUGGGUGGUUCAUACACAUACAGGACUGGAGUUGAGUGUAAAGGCACCUGGGGAGUUAUAAGUUGGGAAUGAUAGGUGCUGGAAGUUAGCACAGCACUUUGAAACCUGCCACACCGCAUAGGCUAGUAGCAGUGCGAGCAUCCCAGAUGAACAAAUAAAGGAGCGGGAGGGACCUGCAAUGCCCUGGCCUGCCCUUCCUUAGCUUGCCUGCUAAGGAUGCUAGUUCCAUUCUUAACCUUUGCCCUUUAGACUUUUAGAGAAUUUCACACAGCUGUGAAUAGCAUCAAGAGGCUAUGUAAGCAGCAUGGGUGUGGAAGCCUGGAGAGAAACAUAUGAAACGUAUGAAAUGUAGCAAGUGUUUUAUUGCCCUGCAGGCUUUUCCAUUCAUCAGCUGAAAAUUCUGUAAGCCAAGAGGAACCCUACAUAACUUGGGGUGCUAUGACAUCUGUGAACUGAAGCUCCCCCCACCCUGGGGGGGAGCCUCCUCUGUGUUAAAGAUUCCUCAAUGUGGACUGAUUGGCAAGAAUUUCUGUGAUGUUGAGAGCUGGAAUGUUGCAGGUCUGAGGCCAGAUCUGUGACUUUAACCCUUUAAUAGCCAUGUCUCACCUAUUAAGUGAUUAAGUGGAUCCCUUUGGGAUGCACAAACAAACCCCAAGUUUCUAUUUCCCCCAAAGGCUAAAAAUGUCAUCAAGUAGCAUCUUAGGCUACUAUAUGGAAAAAGAAAAUAUAUAUAUAUAUUUAUAUAUAUAAUCCUGUCUUCCUGGUUUUACCACUAAUGAAUUUUUCACAUACCUUGAUUUAUGAGUUCCUUUGUUCUAUUACUAUAAAAACGUUAUGAACUUGCUCCCUCCAUGUUUGAACAUGUUUUCAAAUCUAUGUUCCCUACUCCGUGAUCAACUAAUGUUCAGCUCCAUAAUAAAAUCUCUCGUUUCCUUUGAGGUAAGAGCUAUGGUUCUUGUGUCCACACACCUCAGUAAUCCCAGCACUCUGAAGGCUAAGGCAGGAGGAUUUGCCUAUGGCACUUGCUGUAGAUGGCUUUUCAAAUAUCAAUUUCUACCAGACAGUUUCUGUGUCUCGUGAGUCACUGAGGACAGUUCAGGCCUGUUACUUGCUGGUGAGACACAACUCAGUAUAUGAACACUUUAAAACUGUCACCAAUUUAGACACAAUUUAACUAACCUAGCCUUACUGGUUUCUAUGCUGACAAAACUGAACUUAAUCUAUAUUUUAUGGCUUUUUUUAAACUUUUUAUUAUAUAUUUCUUUACUUACAUUUCAAAGGUUACUCCCCUUCCUGGUUUCCUGUCCAUAAGCCCCCAUUCCCUCCCCUCCCUCUCCCCCAUACAGGUAUUCCCCCUAUACAUCUGCCUUAUUGCCCUCCCCCAUAUUCCCUUGCACUGGGGGUCCAACCUUGGCAAGACCAAGGGCUUUCCCUUCCAUUGGUGCCCAACAAGGCUAUUCUCUGCUACAUAUCCAGUUGGAGCCCUGGGUCAGUCCGUGUAUAGUCUUUCGGUAGUGGUUUAGUCCCUGGAAGCUCUGAUUGGUUGGCAUUGUUGUUUUCUAUAUUUUAAUAAAAGACAAUUGAUAUUGUUCUAUG